CUCUGAUCAAGCGAUCAUGUCUCGGGCCAAAGAAAAUCGUCGAGAAAUGAUCCGAGAUCAAAUUGAGACCAUGCUUAACAUGAAAGGCAAGACCAUGCUCCCUGCUCCUCCCGCCGAGAUGCUCCUGAAUGACACUAAGAUCGACGAAGCUCUCUUGAAAAGCUCAUGGGAAGACGUGGUCCAGGAUCAGAACAACAAUGCCCUCUACUCCGACUACACUGAGAAACUCCAGUCCAUGUAUCCUGCGUGCCACGUUCCCAGAUUCGUUGAACAACACGUGCCCCAAGAUUCGGGAGUCUCGCAUCUCUUCUUCCGUAUCCGACACAUCACCCCAGAGGUUGGUCACGAUCUCAGAUAUCUCUCGGCCAACCUCAAGUUGUACUUUAUUGCUAAUCCCAAGACGCCGGUUGGAAAUUUCCACGGUGCAGAGGACAAAAUUCGAGUGAGCGUUUCUUGGAUCAAGAAGCACAAGCGCCAAGGUAUGAAGGAGCAUUUACUGCUGGAUUCGAAAAUGGUAAACCGAUCGUCAUCCCAAUGGUUGGAAUUCAACGUUUUGGACGCCCUCAUUCAUUGGCAGCGAAACCCGCGUAGAAACUUGGGGUUCCUCAUCGAAGUCGAAGACGUGGAAUUGAAUCGACUGAAUCCUUCGAAAUUCAUUCAGGCCAUGACCUGUUCGGAGAAUAAAGAUUUGUUGGCCAUGGCUUUACCCAGUGUCUUGCGAGACAUGGUAUUUUCCGGAGAGCUCCAUUCUAACGAAACCAGAAGCCGCAGUAUGUUCAAUGGCGUUCACAACCCUGUGAUGGAUAUCUCGAGUAUCGAACUUCCCCAUGGUGAAGAGAUCCCCCAACAGAUUCCAUUGCUCAACUUCUCAUCUUUAUUGGCAAUCCAAGCCGCCCACGAGCGUGCUGAGCAGCAAAACAUUUUGACGCACACUCUAAAGCAAAACAUCAUCCGAGAAUUUGUUGAGAAAGAAGAACAAGAUGAGGGUAAGAAGGAAGUGGAGGAGCAAAGCCAAUUCAGUUACUACGACAACGUCCCCUACAAUUCGGAACUAUUCACCGAACCACCGGAGCACUUUGACUACAACCACUAUGAGGAGGCCUCUGAUUUUGGCGACGCAUUACUGAAUGAUUUCCCUAUACUAUCACCUAACUUGAAUCUUGAUAGCAAGUCCGUCAGAUCCGAAGAGGAGCCGGAAGAGACCCAUUUUCAAGACUACUUUCCAAGCCAUUCCCGCCUAUUCAUGCCCGAGUUCAAGCCCACUUCGACCCGGGUUCUCAUGUCCCAAGCGGACCUGGUCAACAAAUUGAAGAGCAUCCUUGAGCAAGAAGAGGGAGAAAUCGAAGCGGAGAAAACCUUUCUGGAAUCCUUACUCAACAGCGACUGAACCCGGUCUGAAACCGCGUUUGGAUCCGUUUUCCUGCCAACCAACCUGUUGUGUAUUAUGAACUCAGCGGAACCCAAAAUAUCCGACAAAGUAUUAUUGAUCUCUUUAUAUAAAUAUAAUUCAUAUCUCUUCCGUAUACGCCUCUGUAAUGUACUAUAUAUGUAAUGAUUGACACAAGAAAUAUAACAAUGUUAACAUGCG